GGGAGGUGUUGCGGUCCGCGCGAGCUACAGAACGAGCGAGAGGAAUCAAGAUGGCGGACCUCGAAGACGUUACACUGAACGGGAGGCCGCUCCAUUCGCUCCGGGUGGCGGAUUUGAAAGCCGCGCUGGAAGAGAGAGGGCUUCCGAAGAGUGGCCAGAAGAAUGCUCUUAUCAAGCGGCUCAAGGGGGCUCUCAUGUUGGAGAACCUUCAAAGAACCUCCACACAUCACAUUGGCCUGCAACCAAACUCUCGGAUCGGUGAGGAGAUGAGUCAGAACAGCUUUAUUAAACAGUACCUGGCCAAACAGCAAGAGCUCCUCAGGCAGCGCUUGGAGAGAGAGGCACGAGAGGCUGCAGAAACUGAUGGAACAGACCUGGAAGACCAUACAGAGGCCAAUGACAGCACAAUGUCUCCUGCCCCUAAUCAGGAUGCUGCAUGCUCAUUAGUUGACCAACACAAAUCUCUCACCACAGUAAGUCAGGGUGAUGAGCUCAGAAAAGAGAAAGAGAUAUCCGGGCAACCAUCCUACUCUGCAUCUGCCCCACCUGCUGCAAUAGCCUCUUUGUCAGUGCGAGUUGUUGGUGAAAGAGGGCCAACCUCAAGCCCUGUACUAGUCGAUAGCGAUGAUGACAGCGAAAGUGAGGAUGACAAUGAUGAAGAGGACGAGGAGUGGAACACGAAUACUCAGCGGAGUCGCCGAGCAGAACCAGCAAAAACCAAACCGUUGAGGGAAAGUUCUGGUGGCUCACAGCAACAGCAGCAGCCACCCCCCCAGCACAUACCCUUACUAUCACAGCAGCUCAGACAGCCCACUCCUCCCCCAUCCCCACCGCCUGAACUCUCUUUCCCCCUCCCAGACACCCCUAAACAGAGCCCCCCAAGUCCAGGAGAGCCCCCUUCUAGGCAGCGCAUGUCUAGCUCUUCCAGCUCUGGUUGUUCGAGUAGUGGCAGUCGUAGCAGUAGCCCUGAACCAGCUGGUGAUUCUACAGGACGCAAACUAGGCCCACUGUCUUUACUGGCACGAAAGAUGGAGUCUGAAGGAGCUUUCUCUGGGACAGGGAAGCGAGAAAGAGAGGGGUUAGAUGGAUACCUGGGAAGAAGCCAACAACAGGGUAGUGUUUCUGCAAUUACCCACACAGGUAAUGCAGCAUCAGUUUUGUCCUACCCUAGCUCUGUGAUCUCCAACCAAGGAGUAAUUGGUGCUUUACCACACAGUCAGACACCUGUUACUGUUGUCCAGACAGCAUUGAUGGAGGAGAGUGAUGCCACAGCGCAGGAGCAGGAAAAGUGGGAAAGACAACGAGAGAAAGAGAGGAUGAAAGCCCUUGAAAAGGAGAGGGAGGAAAGGAAGAGGGCUUUGGAAGAAGAAAAAGCAAGAGACUUAGAACGGGAAAGAAAGGAACAUGAAGAAGCUCUGAAGAGGGAGAGGGAAGAGAAAGAGAGGGCUUUACAGCGGGAAAGGGAAGAGAGGGAGAGGGCUUUAGAACAAGAGAGACUGGAGAGAGAACAAGCGCAGGAACGAGAAAGGCUAGAAAAUGAGAGACUGGAGAAGGAAAGGCUUGAAAGAGAGCAACUUUUGGAGAGAGAGAGACUGGAAAAAGAGAGACAUGAGAAAGAAAGACUAGAAAGAGAGCAAGCUUUGGAGAGGGAGAGACUGGAGAAAGAAAGGCUAGAAAAAGAGCAAGCUUUGGAGAAGGAGAGACUGGAAAAAGAGAGGCAGGAGAAAGAAAGGCUAGAAAGAGAGCAAGCUUUGGAGAAGGAGAGACUGGAAAAAGAGAGGCAGGAGAAAGAAAGGCUAGAAAGAGAGCAAGCUUUGGAGAAGGAGAGACUGGAAAAAGAGAGGCAGGAGAAAGAAAGGCUAGAAAGAGAGCAAGCUUUGGAGAGGGAGAGACUGGAGAAAGAAAGGCUAGAAAAAGAGCAAGCUUUGGAGAAGGAGAGACUGGAGAAAGAAAGGCUAGAAAGAGAGCAAGCUUUGGAGAAGGAGAGACUGGAAAAAGAGAGGCAGGAGAAAGAAAGGCUAGAAAGAGAGCAAGCUUUGGAGAGGGAAAGACUGGAAAAAGAGCGGCAGGAGAAAGAAAGGCUAGAAAGAGAGCAAGCUUUGGAGAGGGAGAGACUGGAGAAAGAAAGGCUAGAAAGAGAGCAAGCUUUGGAGAGGGAAAGGCUGGAAAAAGAGAGGCAGGAGAAAGAAAGGCUAGAAAGAGAGCAAGCUUUAGAGAGGGAAAGACUGGAAAAAGAGAGGCAGGAGAAAGAAAGACUAGAAAGAGAGCAAGCUUUGGAGAGGGAGAGACUGGAAAAAGAGAGGCAGGAGAAAGAAAGACUGGAAAGAGAGCAGGCUUUAGAGAGAGGGAGACAAGAAAAAGAAAGGAUAGAAAGAGAGCAAGCUUUGGAGAGAGAAAGGCAAGAAAAAGAGCAAGCUUUGGAGAAAGAAAGAGAGAAAGAAAGGCAAGAAAGAGAGCAAGCUUUAGAGAGAGAAAGAUUGGAAGAAGAAAGGAAGGCAAGAGAGCAAGCUUUAGAGAGAGAACUAUUAGACAAAGAAAGGCAAGAAAGAGAGCAAGUUUUAGAGAAGGAGAGACUGGAGAAGGAAGCUGCUUUGGAACAAAAACGACAAGAAAUGGAGAAGGCUAAGGAACAUGAGCGGCUGGAAAGAGAAAAGACUUUGGAAAAAGAAAGACUAGAAAGAGAAAUUGCUCUGGAACUUGAGAUACAGGAGAGGGAUAGGCAGAAGAGAGACAGACUUGAGAAGGAGAAAGCUUUGGAACAAGAGAGGAUGCAGAGAGAACAAGCUCUAGAGCAUGAAACAGAUGCACAAAAGAAAGCAGAGGAGCAGAGGGAGCAACAGUUGGAAAAAGAGAGAGAAGAGAAAGAGAAGGCUUUAAAAAAAGAGAAACUUAGGGCCCUGGAAGAGAAGGAAAGACUGUUGGAACAACAGAGUGUGCAGGAGGAAAAAGAAAAUACUUUGAAACAUAACAAAAAAGAGGAACGAAAGAAAGAAAAGGAGAGCCAUCUUCCUCCAUUGAAACGUGGUCGUGAGAUCUGUGGUUUGUCCCAUUCAUUUACCCUUCCUCUUGAGAGUCAAUCAGAGAAGCUUGAUGAGGAGGCAGGGGAAUCGCAAAGUGUCAGCAAAGAUGCUCGAUCUAUAGGGCCUCUCUCACAACAGUCAUUGACUCCAUUAUUCACUCAAUCGUCCUAUAAGAAGUCCCGAUUUUUCAGAGAUGCUCCAGGGACCCAUCCUCUCCCAUCCUCUUCAACAUCUGUGUUUAAGAGGCCUCGUACCUUCUCAGACAGCCCUAACCCACAAGCACCUUCUAUUCCGUUUGCAUUUAAACCUGGGGAACCAGUGCAAAAAGAUGCUGCUCAGGCCUCUCAAAAAUCACAACAGACUGUGAUGCAGGGAGUUCUUGUUUCAGCAUCCCAUGGCCUAGAGAGCAAGUCACCAGAGUUGGCUUCCCAAGAUAAAGAAGAACAGAAGACCGUGGUUUCAGAGUCUUGCAAAGGUCUAAAGGACAAUGAAGCAAGCCAAGACACUAAAAAUCAGAUGCUCAGGGUUGAGGAUGAUGGUAAACCACCUCCAUCCCCACCAGAGGAGAAAAAAAUAGGAGGGGAAAAGGAGGUGGAAAAGAGAGGAAGAAUGUCAUCAUCCUCCAGUGAUUCCUCCUCCUCUGACUCAGACUCUGGGUCUUCAUCCUCCUCGCGAUCCUCCAGUUCAUCUUCCUCCCAGGAGAAAACAUGUUCCACUUCAGGUGGUAGGAGGUCCAAAGAAAUACGGAAGGACAACUCAACUCUGCACACUCAAAAAGAUGGCCAAACUGUGGUCGUGACUGAAAAACCUUCUUUAUCCCAGUGCAAAAAAAGAAGCUACACAGAGCGGGAGGAGAAAGAAGUGAGCAAUGAAAUUGUCAUCCAAACCAAGAAGCCCUGCCUUGAACUGCAGGAUGAAAAGAAGAAAAAAAAGAGAGGAAGAAAAGAAGAUAUCGAGGAAGAUGACACUAACAAAGACACUACGAGUAGUGAGGUGAAGGGAGCUGUCAUGGCCAAGGUUCCAAAUAGCUGUGAGGAGAGCACCACGCCAAAGGCCUUUACUGCCCGAAGGAUCUCUCUCUGCAGCAGCAAAUCAUCUCCUGGAGUGGUUGGUUCGGAAGGGGAAUCAGAGACCUCAAGCGGAGCUGGCAUUGGCAGAAAGAGGCGAUGGGGCUCUAGUACAGCUGUCACUUCCAAGAAACCCUCCAUCAGUAUCACCACAGACUCUUUGAAGUCUUUAAUUCCAUACAACAAGCCUACCUUGGGCCAGGAGGCUGUGCUAGACCUGCACCCAGAAGAGAUGCAUCUCUCUGGGGAAGAGGAAGGAGGAGAGAGGGAUGACCAAGACCUGAAAAUCAGGCGGACUGUAACACAGGUUGUUCCUUCUGACACGCAAGAGAAUGGACAGAAGGAAUCCAAAAGAAGUGAACGUGAGGAUGAGGAGGAAAGAAGUGAAGGGCAGGAUCGACUAAGCCAGGAGGAGAAAAUGGAAGGCCCCAUUCAGAUUUCCAUGGAGACUGAGCCAUCGUCCCCAGAGCGAGAUGUUGAUAUAAAGACAGUGACUCCUAGUGACACAUUGAUCCGGCGUUCUAUUAGCCAGCAGAAGUCUGGUGUGAGUAUCACCAUUGAUGACCCAGUCCGCACAUCCAAGCAACCCUCUCCUCCUCGAGAAAAGCUGUCUAACAUCAUCCAUGUCUGCAACCUGGUGAGGCCGUUUACCCUGGGGCAGUUGAAGGAGCUACUGAACCGCACAGGGACCGUAAUAGAUGAAAGUUUUUGGAUCGAUAAGAUUAAAUCUCACUGUUAUGUCACAUACUCCAGUGCGGAGGAGGCGAUAGCCACACGGACAGCCCUACAUGGGGUUAAAUGGCCUCAGAGUAACCCUAAGUUCCUCAGUGUUGACUUCUGCACACAAGAGGAGUUGGACUUCCACAGGGGUCUAGGUCCAACAGGAGAAAAGCCAGCAGUGGAGGUCCGUGGGGCAGCAGCCGCUGGACAUGGGCGUGCAGGCCCCCUGCCUCUUCUGCCAGAGCGUGAUCAGUGGACAGAACGAGAAAGGGAAAUGGAAAGGAGGGAGAGAGCGCGUACAGAAAGGGAAUGGGACCGGGAUAAGGUGAGAGACUUCAGUAAACCUGGAGAAGAACGGGAGGCUGUGGCCAGACGAUCGCGUUCCCGAGAUCGCGAGAGGCGGCGUAAGGAGAGAGGGAAGAGCAAGGAGGGAAAGACUGACAAGAAGGAAAAAGGACCAGAGGAGCCACCCGCUAAACUGCUGGAUGACCUGUUCUGCAAAACCAAAGCAGCACCAUGCAUAUACUGGCUCCCACUUACUGAGGAACAGGUAGCACAGAGAGUAGCUGCUCGUGCGGAGCGCAUGAGGGAACGCGAGAAGAGGAGGAAGGAGAUGGAGGAAGAGGAUGAUAAGAAACGCGAAGAGCAGCGCAAGGAGCGGAUAAAGACUAGUGGUGGUGCCAGAGGGGAAAAUGAAAGGGAGCAAGACAGAGACAGAGGUCGAGAGAGGGAGAGAGAGGGGAAUAAACGAAAGGAGAUGUUUCGCAGGCCCGGUGGAAACGUUGCAAGCGGGAGCAGGAGAUCACGCAGCCGCAGUGACCCUCCACCCAGAGACCGACGACGCUAAAGAGUCUGGAACUGUCCAGUUUGUGACCCCGUUCCUGUAUGUGCUGUUACAACUCUAUGCCUACCUUCCCAGGGGCAAACUCAGACUCUAUACAAAUACUCAAUAUACAUUGGGACCACGGUGGUGCUGUGUCUCCAUGUAGACUCUUGUCACAUUGUCUCUUGACUGGGCUUUAAGACUCCUGAUGUUCAGUUUCUCUUCUCAGUGUUGAUGGACUUCUGGUACAAGUGAGCCGGACGGCAAGACAUUGUCACUUUUGAAACUUCACCUGAUGGUAGGCAGGGCUUUUUGUUCCUCCGAGAUCUGCCUCAGAACCCUAACCCAUUGCAUCUGCUUUCUGUCUUGUUUUUUGAGUCAGGUUUGGUGAAGUCCUCUCUCUUUCAGUGUAGUGUGAACUCAGAUGGAAGAGUGAAGCUGCCCUCUGAAAGAGAUGCUUUGAAAGCUUGGUGUGACUCUUGUCCAGAUCUCGACCUUAUCAUGCGUUUUCUCUUUUGUUGCCCUCACAUUCCUUUGUAUCCUUUUUUUGUUUUGUUUUUUAAUUCCAUAUUGUCUGCCUUUUGCCACACCUUUGUACCAUGGAGAAUGGGAUUCAUAUUUAACCUUUUCACAUUUGGUUUAAUUUUCUUUUUUAAACUGACAUUUUGUUUUGUUUUUUACUCCUGUAAGUGCUGAAUGUACAAAUAAAAAAAGGUUACAUCUAAGAACUGAAAACAAUGGUUAUUUCUUUGUUCUUGUUGAAGAUAUGUAAUAGGGGAUUCUUAUAAAGAUCAUUCUGGAGUUGCAGGUUAAAUUGUGUCUACACAUGACAUGCGGGGUGUGAACUGAUUGCAAGACCUAUAUAUUUAAAUAACUUUAUAAGUCUUAUAUAAAACCUUGUUUGUGAUAUUUCAUGUCUCUGGCCUGUUAAUUCUAACGACAAGUACUCACUUGUUUCUGUAUUCAAAAAUAGCCAAUACAAAGUCAAUGCAUACUAAUGAACAAUGAACACUAAUACACAGUUGCAAAAUAAUGUAUACAAUUAUUUAGCUAUUCAUAAAUACCCAUACAAAGUUUUUGUACAUAUGUAUCUGUUGAAAAAUCAAGGCACCUGGACAUUCACCCAUUUAACUUGCAUCAGAUCUGCUUUGUGAGAUUCUAACCUAUG